CGAGAGGAAAGUAUUUGUAAAACUUGUUUUGUUAAACAAAGCCGUGAAGGCUAUUCUCGAGAGAUGCGUUGAAGGGCGAGACAAUAAAAAUGGCGAAAAUCUCUUUCCUUGCUUCUUCCUACCACGAUCCGCAUUUAUAAACCCUAAUUUUCGAUCUGCAAAUAGCGAUUUUCAUAGGAAAAAAUGGCGGAGGCGACGAAGCUUCUGUAUGUAGAGGUGGUCGAGGGUAAUGGAGAGGAUUUGUUUAGGUAUACGCGUCCUGUAUUGCAGAGCACUCUUCAGCUUAUGGGAUGCAAGGCGCGUCACGCCUUCAAGAUAAGCCGCAGGGUUUUUGAGUUAAUAAGAAGUGAGGGAUCUUGCAAUUCCUCACCAGAGCAUGGGAAGGAGCCUGAGUUUUCAAAAAAGGGUGGUGGUGGUGGUGGUGGUUCAACUCACUGUUUGGUUGCUGAUGAUGUUGACAAGGAUAAAAGUAAACCUUUUGAGAUGUAUAAAAGACGGACAACUGUUUUUGUAACACGGCAGAUAUUCUUAGAUGUUGUGUGUGAUUCCCUCGCUGAAUAUAAGUACGUUGGCCGUGACCAGAGAGCAGAUUUGAUUCUGGCAUGCAGAAUCCGCGAAAGGAAAGAAUCUGUAACUGUUCUGCUCUGUGGUACCAGUGGCUGUGGUAAAUCUACAUUGUCUGCAUUGCUGGGUAGCAGGCUGGGGAUUACGACUGUGGUAUCAACUGACUCUAUAAGACACAUGAUGAGGAGCUUCGCUGAUGAGAAGCAGAAUCCUUUGCUAUGGGCUUCGACCUACCAUGCUGGAGAGUACCUUGAUCCUGUGGCAGUUGCUGAGUCAAAGGCCAAAAGAAAAGCGAAAAAGUUGAAAGGCUCUCGAGGUGUAAACUCCAACACCCAAAAGAUGGAUGCUGGAUCAAACUCAAGCACUACUGAGCUGUUAAGUGAUAAGCAGAUGGCUAUAGAAGGGUAUAAGGCACAAAGCGAGAUGGUGAUUGACAGUCUCGAUAGGCUCAUUACGACAUGGGAAAAAAGGAGAGAGUCUGUAGUCGUUGAGGGGGUCCACCUAAGCCUUAACUUUGUCAUGGGACUGAUGAAAAAGCACCCUUCGAUUGUUCCCUUUAUGGUAUACAUCUCGAAUGAGGAGAAACACUUAGAACGAUUUGCAGUCCGAGCAAAGUACAUGACGUUGGAUCCAGCAAAGAAUAAGUAUGUAAAAUAUAUACGUAACAUCAGAACAAUACAGGAUUAUCUAUGUAAACGAGCCGACAAACAUCUCGUUCCUAAGAUAAACAACACAAAUGUGGACAAGAGCGUGGCUACAAUCCACGCUACAGUCUUCAGUUGUCUGCGUAGACGCGAAGCAGGAGAGAAGCUCUAUGACGUAGGCACAAACACAGUCGCUGUUAUCGAUGAAGAGCACAGGAACCAAUGUGCAGCCAAUUCAUUAAGGUCCAAGGGAAUGUUUCAGCUGCAGAGAACAGGCUCCUCCCGGCGUGUGAUGGCUCUUCUGAACACUGACGGCACCGUAGCAAAAACGUGGCCUGUGGGUUCCGUUGAUGAGAUUAGGAAGCCCAUCAUUCGUACUGAGAUGAAUGAUGGAACAGAGCAUCCUGUUAACGGAUACCUAGAGAAAGGUGAAGCAGUGAAUCUUCAGUUCGGUCUCUUUGGGAUCAGCGCUUGGCCUAGUGAUGGCGCAACCAGUCACGCUGGGAGUGUAGACGAGUCGAGAGCAGAUUUUACUGAAACCGGAAGCAGACAUUACUCUUCUUGCUGCAGUUCACCUCGGAUAUCUGAUAGGCCUUCAAAAGAGCUUAAGGAGGAGCAGUCUGUGAAUGGGAGUGAUGAAGAUGAAGAAAUCGAUGAUGAGUUCCCUGAGCCAGAUUCUGAUGAAGAUAACAGCGAUAACAAUGAUGAACGCAACCGUGAAGAGGUUGGAUCGGUGGAUGAGGAAUCGACAAAGUCAGAUGAAGAGUACGAUGAUCUGGCAAUGGAAGACAAGAGUUACUGGACAGACAACGAAGAAGAAAAAGAGACUCGAGACACAAUCUCCAUGGCGUCUGAAAACAACCAUAAGGAGGCAACAACUAAGCCCAAGAAAGAUGAUGAGAAAUACAUCCAAAACCUCGACCUUUUCCUCAGGACAGUGAACCAACCAUUAACCGAAUCUCUCGAGCUUACGUCUGAGUACAGGAACAGAAUGCUUAUAGCAGCUUCGGAUAAAGCUAAGAUGAGGAAACGUUCACUUAGUAUCCCGGCGGUUGGGAAACACGGUGCAAUCAUAGAUGACCAGAUUUUAGAUAACCACACUGAUCCAUUUCUCUUGAAUGGCCAGUGACCUCUUUA